AUGGAGAGAGACUCUGAACCCCUCCACCAGGGGGAGCCGCUGGGCAACCAGUACUCGGGAUCCCAGAGUCUGGAAGGAGGAGGAGGGGAGGAGAGGGGUUGGGACAGGGGAGAGAACUGGGGUGAAGGAGUGGGAGAAAGAAGGGAGGGAGGGAGGGACACAGAAGAAGCGGCAGGAGACUGGGAGCCCCAGUACGGGGAUCCGAAUCUGGGGCAGGAUCCCGGAGAGGAGAGGGGUCCGGUGGAGGACAGUGAGCGAGGGGAGGGAUGGGGGCAGGACCUUGCAGAAUUCUGGGGUGAGUCACCCCUGCAGGGGCCGGACCUGCCUCCCUGGGACUUGGGUUCGAGUGGCACAGACGAGGAGCUGCUGGAGCGCUCUGCUGCGUCGGGGGAGCGGGGCAGCUCCGUGGGGGGAGGCAGCCUCGAGAAGCUGAGCGUGACGUGGACUGACAACCCGCUGACUUUCUGUCAGCUUCCUGUUAAUCAGUCAGACUGUUACACAGAGACAGGGGACAGUGUAACAGGGGACAGUGAGACAGAGGACAUCAUGACAGGGGACAGAGAGACAGGGGGCAGUGUGAUAAGGGACAGCGUGACAGGGGACAGAGAGACAGAGGACAGUGAGACAGGGGGCAGUGUGAUAGGGGACAGUGAGACAGGGGACAGCGUGACAGGGGACAGUGGUUUGGACCGUGAGGAGGUCAGUGACCCGGCUCCUAUCCCAGGCUCUCCAGGACCCAGCGGAGAGGGCGGUCCUGUGCAGGGAGGGGCUGUUGGAGAGAGAGAGGAGGGGAGCAGCGUGCAGGAACAGGAACGAGAGGCCCAGGAUUGUCCCUCUUCCAGCCCUGAGGAGACUCCUCUCACAGAAGCUGCAGAAAUCCACACUGCAGACAGCACUGGAGCUGCUGAGGGGCCCCUGUGUGGCCCGGUCGAGGGGCCCCUGGUCACGGAGGAAGGAGUGAGCGGUAACCACGGCGAUGCCUCGCAGGAGGAGGGGGAGGGGGAGGAGGAGAGGGCGGAGCCAGGAGAUCUCACCCCUGCGAUGUACUUUGAAGGACUCGACACGACUCCAGACCCCCCCCAGCUCAGACUGGACUGGGAGAGGCUGUGGGAGAGCCGUCGGGCCAGUCCCCCCCCCCACGCCAACGGAAACAAAGUGGACAGCGAAGCAGCCCGCAGGCUGGCCGCCCGGCUUUUCAAUCUGGAGGGAUUCAAGAGGGGCGACGUGGCGAGACACCUGUACAAGAAUAACGAGUUCAGCAGUGUGGUAGCGGAGGAGUAUCUCAAGUUUUUUGAUUUCUCUGGACAGACCCUCGACCAGGCCUUGAGGUCCUUUCUGAAGGAGUUUGUUCUGGUGGGAGAGUCCCAGGAGAGGGAGCGGGUGCUGCAGCACUUCUCACAGCGGUACCAACACUGCAACCCAGAACAGCUGAGCACAGCCG